UCCCAUCACACAUUGUAUUUUUUCCCAUCCAACACAAGAUAAGUAGUAUCAUAGUUCCCUCCUCAAUUCUCACACAAAUCACAAUUUCCCCACUCUUUCAUUAUACAAAAAUACAUAGCUUUAGCAAAACUCCUUCUCCAAUAUCUACUCUUUCCUAUCACCAUGGUCCCAAAACCCAUCAUAAUAACAACUAAACCACCCUUAACUUCAAUUCCUCCACUCAAAAUAUCAUCCGUUAGAACCGAAGAAAAGCCCCAAACCCAAACCCAAACAGUAAAAACCACCCCUACACCACCCAAAACAACUACCCAAACCCCCAACCCAACCUUCAAAAUUGCAAACAGAAAAAAACCAGAACAAUCCGUACCAGCACUACUAUUCAACGCAUUCGACGACAUCAUAAACAAUUUCAUAGACCCUCCAAUAAAACCAUCAGUAGAUCCAAGACACGUGUUAUCUCAAAACUUCGCACCAGUUCUUAACGAACUCCCUCCAACAGAAUGCCAAGUCAUAAAAGGCACACUCCCACCAUCCCUUAACGGCGCUUACAUAAGAAACGGCCCAAACCCACAAUUCCUUCCACGUGGACCCUACCAUCUCUUCGACGGUGACGGAAUGCUUCACGCCAUUAAAAUCACAAACGGGAAAGCCACACUCUGUAGCCGUUACGUUAAAACUUACAAAUACAAAAUCGAAAACGAAGCAGGUUAUCCACUCAUUCCCAAUGUCUUCUCUGGCUUCAACUCGCUUAUUGCUUCCGCUGCACGUGGCUCAUUAACCGCGGCACGUGUUAUAACCGGUCAGUAUAAUCCAUCUAACGGCAUUGGCUUGGCUAACACAAGUUUAGCUCUGUUUGGUAACCGUCUUUUCGCUUUGGGAGAAUCAGAUCUUCCUUAUGAAAUUCAAUUAACCACAAAUGGUGACAUUCAAACACUCCACCGUCACGAUUUUAACGGCAAACUCUUCAUGAGUAUGACGGCUCAUCCAAAAAUUGACGCCGAUACAGGUGAAUGUUUUGCUUUCCGUUACGGUCCCGUUCCACCUUUUCUAACUUAUUUCCGUUUCGAUUCAAACGGAGUUAAAAACUCUGAUGUUCCCGUUUUCUCCAUGACAACACCUACGUUUCUCCACGAUUUCGCCAUUACUAAAAAAUACGCUGUGUUCGGCGAUAUUCAGAUCGGAAUGAAUCCUCUGGGGAUGAUUUCCGGUGGUUCUCCGGUGGGAUCGGAUUCAUCGAAAAUAUCGAGAAUCGGAAUUCUUCCACGUUACGCUAAGGAUGAGUCGAAGAUGAAGUGGUUUGAUGUGCCUGGGUUUAAUAAUAUUCAUUCGAUUAACGCAUGGGAUGAGGAAGAUGGGAAAACGGUGACACUGAUAGCGCCGAAUAUUCUCUCUGUGGAACAUACGAUGGAGAGAUUGGAGCUUAUUCAUGCGGUGGUUGAGAAAGUGAGUAUCAACGUUGAAACGGGGAUUGUAACGAGAAAACCUCUAUCGGCGAGGAAUUUGGAUUUUGGAGUGAUAAAUAAUGAGUAUAUAGGGAAGAUAAAUAGGUAUGUGUAUGCGGCGGUAGGGGAUCCAAUGCCGAAAAUAUCGGGGGUUGUUAAGAUUGAUGUGUUGAAAGGUGAGGAAGUUGGGUGUAGGAUGUAUGGAGAAGGUUGUUAUGGUGGUGAGCCGUUUUUCGUGGGAAGGGAAGAGGGUAAUGGCGAUGAGGAUGAUGGUUAUUUGGUGAGUUAUAUUCAUGAUGAGAAGAACGGAGAGUCAAGGUUUAUAGUGAUGGAUGCGAAGACGGCGUCGUUGGAGGUUGUGGCGGAGGUGAAGUUGCCGCGGAGGGUGCCUUAUGGUUUUCACGGAUUGUUUGUGAAGGAGAGUGAGUUGAUGAAAGGGUCAUUGUCGUAAGGAAGGAAAGUGUGUCCUACAAAACAAUGAUUAUUGUAUAUAGUCUAGAUGGGAUUUUGAAUAAUUGUAUUUGUGGUUGUGGACAUAUGCUAGUACUGUAACUUUCCACUUAUAGUAAAUAAAGGAGGAAGGAAGACAGGCGUUUUAGAGAGACUUUAUGUCA